AUGAUAGCAGUGGUAAUAAUGAGUUCAGGAAAGAUCAGCUGUAUUUAGACACCAGAAAAAAGAAAGAGCUUGCCCAAUGGCUCUUUGGGUGCAAACCACACUCCUGAGGCACUGGGACCACAGAGUCAGCACACUAGAACAAGGAAGGAUCAGCAAAACUUAGAAACCAAAUUUCGACUCUAUACAAAUUCAACUGAAGAAGGCUGUCAGAUUUUUUUUAAUCAGUUGGACACUCUUGACAAAUGCAGUUUCAAUGCCUCUCUUCCUCUGGUGAUGAUAGUCCAUGGCUGGUCGGUGGAUGGGAUGUUAGAAAGUUGGAUUUGGAAAAUGGCAGCAGCUCUGAAGUCUCAGCAUAAACAAAUUAACGUGAUCAUUGCAGACUGGCUUACAUUUGCUCACCAGCACUACCCCAUUGCUGUACAGAACACACGCUACAUAGGACAGGAGAUAGCAGGCUUCCUGGAAUGGCUGGAGGAAUCCACUCAAUUUUCCAGAAGCAAUGCUCACCUAAUUGGGUACAGCCUAGGAGCCCAUGUUUCAGGAUUUGCUGGAAGUUAUAUCAGCGGUACAAACAAGAUUGGAAGAAUUACAGGCCUUGACCCUGCUGGCCCCUUGUUUGAAGGAAUGUCACCAACAGACCGUUUAUCUCCAGAUGAUGCAAACUUCGUAGACGCAAUUCAUACAUUCACGAAACAGCACAUGGGUCUCAGCGUGGGCAUCAAGCAGCCUGUGGCUCAUUUUGACUUUUACCCCAACGGAGGCACCUUUCAGCCCGGCUGUCACAUCAUGCACGUGUAUAACCACAUCGCACAGUACGGGAUCACUGGCAUCACUCAAACUGUGAAAUGUGCCCAUGAGAGGUCAGUUCAUUUGUUCAUUGACUCUCUGCUUCACAACGAUAAGCAAAGCACAGCAUACUGGUGUAACGACAUCAACACUUUCAACAAAGGAAUGUGCCUCAGCUGUAGAAAGAACCGAUGCAACACCCUGGGCUACAACAUCAGGGAGGAAAGGCUCCCAAAAAGUAGACGACUCUUUCUGAAAACAAGAGCACAUAUGCCUUUCAAAG